AUGCAAGAAACAGAGGUUGGUGAAAGAGAUAUACACAUCUAUGCUUCUACUGAAGAAGACUCUAUGUCUUUUCACGAAGAACACAGCCCAGAUCAUGAACAAAUGGUUGAAGCGUUUCGUAAUUUGCUUCUCCUCCAUGGCCACUUACCUGCAAAUCACGGAGAUCAUGAUACACUUCUCAGGUUUCUGAAAAUGAGGGAUUUUGAUCUGGAGAAAUCCAAAGAUGCGUUUUUGAAUUAUAUCAAGUGGAGGAUGGAUUCUAAAGUGGAUAUGAUCUCUAAGAGGUUUAAGUUUGAGGAAUACGGUGAAGUGAAGAAACAUUACCCUCAUGGGUUUCAUAAGGUAGAUAGAAAUGGUAGGCCAAUAUACAUUGAGAGACUCGGGAUGGUUGACUUGAACGCGUUUAUGAAAGCAACCACUAUCGAGAGAUAUGUCAAGUAUCAUAUUAAGGAACAGGAGAAAACUCUGAGCUUGAGAUAUCCGGCGUGCUCAAUUGCUUCAGCGAAGCAUGUUUCGUCUACCACAACGGUUUUGGAUGUCUCGGGAAUAGGAAUGUCAAACUUCUCGAAACCUGCGAGAUCACUCUUCAUGGAAAUUCAGAAGAUAGACAGCAACUAUUACCCUGAGACUUUGCAUCGCCUCUUUGUUGUCAAUGCCAGUUCUGGAUUUCGGAUGUUGUGGCUUGCGCUCAAGACCUUUCUCGAUGCUCGUACAUUGGCCAAAGUUCAAGUGCUAGGACCCAACUACCUUGGAGAGCUGCUUGAAGCUAUAGAUCCAAGCAACUUACCGACAUUUCUUGGAGGAAAUUGCACCUGUUCAGAUCAAGGAGGCUGUCUUUUCAGCGAUGAAGGUCCCUGGAAUGAUCCAAAAAUCAAGGAAAAGAUCCAGGAGAAUUACACAGUGGGAGAUACUGAUUCUGAGGGGAAAACGAAGGAUAAAGUCCCACAACAUUCUUUAGCCAAUCAACAAAAAGAUUUAGGCAAGAACAUGAUUACACUGCAGAAGUAUGCUAACCUGACAACUGCUGUUAAGGAAACACAGAAGAGAAUUGAAAUGUUGGAGAUGUCACUCCAUGAAACAAAAUCGGUCUUGAAGGGACUGGUGGAGAUCAUUGAGGCCAUUAAACCAAAUCAAACCGAAAUAACCCAUAGCCAAGUGCAAAGCGGUUUAGAGCGGAAGACAGUAGUUACGAAAAUGUCCGGUUUGAGCUGA